AUGGCAAUGCAGAAGGCUACGGGCCACGACGCCGUUCCCCUAACAGCUUCGGGAGCUCGUAAACCUCAGCAGAGUAGGGGGUUCACGCAGGAGCAUCGCCCGUCUACGGUUGACGAACAGCGGGAAGAGAAACUUGUACGACUUCUGGAAUGGGAACAUCUCCUUAACAUUUUUACCCACGUAGUCGGCGCACUUAUUUUCCUAGCGUUACCCCUUUACGUCUUCAGGACCGAGAUCCCGCCACGGUAUAAAGUAGCUACUCCGGCCGAUAUCAUAGUCUGCAGUAUAUAUUUUCUAGGGGUCGCUGUCUGCUUUACGCUUUCGACUAUGUUUCACACGUUCAUGUGUCAUAGCGAAGCCGCGUACUCGUUUGGGGUCAAGCUGGAUUAUCAAGGCAUAAUAUUACUGAUAUGGGGAGCGAAUAUAGCUUUGAUUUACUACAGCAUGCCCUGCGACCUUGGCGACAGGAUUGCCUACUGGACUUUCAACACUGUUCUGGCUGGGCUGUGUUCGUAUGCGACGUUUCACCCGUCAAUAGGCUCUGCACAAACAGGGCAUGCGCGCGCCAUACUGUUCGCUACAUUUGGGUUUUGCGCGGUCGUCGCUCCGAAUUUAAUUGGGCUGUUCAAACACGGGUUCGAGGAGCAGAGUCGUCGGGUGGGACUUAAUUGGAUCGCGGCGACUACUCUGUUCAAUAGCACGGGCGUAGUAGUAUAUGCUGCUAAGUUCCCAGAGAAGUGGUAUCCUCGUGUAUUUGACAUAUUUGGUGCGAGCCACCAGAUCAUGCAUGUCAUGGCGGUGUCGGCUGCCCUUGCGUUUGCGAAGGCUAUGCUGCAGGCGUUUGACCUUCGCCACCAAAAUCCCCAAAUAUGCAUUGGCGACAAGUCUUAUCUACACUUGGAAUAG